AUGGGCUGUGAUAACUCAACCAACAGUAACGGGACCUUGCUUGGCAAGCUUCCUUACUCUGUGCAGACCUCAGUGCCUCUCACAAUACUGGUGGGUUUUCUGAUUCUCCUGACUGUGUUUGGCAAUGUGCUGGUAGUCAUUGCUGUGUUCACAUGCCGGGGCCUGAGAGCACCUCAGAACUUGUUUCUAGUGUCUUUGGCAUGUGCAGACAUUCUGGUGGCCACUCUGGUAAUGCCCUUCUCUCUGGCCAAUGAACUAAUGGGAUACUGGUACUUUGGUAAAGUCUGGUGUGAGAUUUACCUGGCUCUGGAUGUUCUCUUCUGCACUUCCUCCAUCGUACAUCUGUGUGCCAUUAGUCUGGACCGAUACUGGUCUGUCACGCAGGCCAUUGUGUACAAUCUGAAGAGGACACCACGCAGAAUAAAAUGCAUAGUGUUUAUUGUGUGGGUGCUGGCAGCCAUAAUCUCCUUCCCACCUCUGAUUUCCAUGGAGAAGGAGGGAGCCAAGGAGGAAGGUCCCACAUGUAAGAUCAACGAGGAGAAGUGGUACAUCAUCUUCUCCAGCGCGGCAUCUUUCUUUGCCCCCUGCGUGAUCAUGAUCCUUGUUUACGUUCGAAUCUACCAGGUAGCCAAGAAGAGAAGCAGAGCCCCCCCAGGUGAGAAGAGGAGGAACUAUGACAAACAUGAUGAAAGACAGUACGGGUUAGUCCAGCAGGAGCCCCCCGAGAGGCAGGGAGGAGAGGCGGAGAAGGGGGAGAAGGGAGCAGCUGAAGGCAAAGAGGUCAAUGGGGUCCACGUGGACGAGGAGUGUUCUUCUUCAGAUGCCAACGAAAACCACACCUGCUCCAUCAAGAGGAAGAGGAAGAAGGGAAAGACCAAAGUGAGCCAAGUCAAACCGGGAGAGCCCUCACCGCGGGCGGACACGCAGCCCUGUGUCAAAGUGAGCAGGUGGAAAGGGAGGCAGAACAGAGAGAAGCGCUUCACGUUUGUUCUAGCCGUGGUCAUGGGCGUGUUUGUUAUUUGCUGGUUCCCCUUUUUCUUCACCUAUACACUUACAGCCUUGUGUGAUUCCUGCUGUGUUCCACAGACUUUGUUCAAUUGCUUCUUCUGGUUUGGAUAUUGUAAUAGCUCACUGAAUCCAGUAAUAUACACCGUAUUCAACAAUGACUUUCGAAGGUCUUUCAAAAAGAUCCUUUGCAAGAGGGACAAAAGAGGAUUAUGA